GUUCAGUCAUCGCCAAGUAUACCGAUUACUGCUAUUAUGAUUAUGCUGGCUGUGGCGCAGUAAAAAAUGGGAUGGUUUCUUAUUCACAAAUUAAAUAAAUUUUCAUAUUACUAUAGUACUUUGCUAACCUACUAUUACGUUAGGGCUGGGCUAACAUAACAAAAAAGGGAAAUUAUCAAAACCAAUAUUGGUUAUAAUUAUUUAAAAUCUCUUAUUGCACAGACUCUAAGUUGACAGUUGAUAGGGGAUGGGUAAGGGUUAAGUGUUCCGCCUCUGUGUACAAGAGUAAAGGAAGAAGUGUGCACUGUGCAAUAAUCAAUAAAAAUAAAAACAAUUUUAUUUAGCAGCUUUCCCGCCUUAUUAUAAACAUGGAAAAUUAAGUAUUAAAUGACUUCUAAUUUUAGAGGAUUCCUGAAUAAAAGCUGUAUUUAUUUUGUGAUUGCUGGUCGACUCUUUUAAUAUAAAGUCAGCUUUAUUGUGUUUCAAAGAGUGGUUCCUGCAGUGACAUGUGAAAUGAAAAAUUUGAUACGUUCACAAUAUAUGAUUCCUAUUUUUAAACCAAAUUUCUUUAGCAAGAAUAUUAUUGUUUCUAUGUUACAAAGAAACUUACGAAAUUACAAAUUUUUUUUGAUGAGACCGAUUAAAUUUUCCAUUGUCAAGUCUGUUAUAAACAUAAAAAUUCCUAUAACAUUCGCAAUAGCAUGGCCUGCAAAACUUAAAUUUACACCUUCAGAACAGAAAGAGACCUUAAAACCUGCUGUGGAAGUAACAAGUGUCGCUGAUACAUUGUUUGAAAAUGGAAAAUAUGAGGAAUGCUUCAAACUUUUAUCAAGCACAGAGGAUCAAAAUAACAUAGAAAUUAAAUGGCGUGUAUGUCGCGUUUUGUACAAUAUAGCAAAACAGCCAAAACAUGACCAAGCACAUAGAGAUGAGCUGAUUUCAAAAGCCUACAGCAUUAUUGCUGAAGAAUUAGAAAACCAUUGGGAUCAUUUUGCUGUCCAAAAAUGGUAUGCCUUAAUAUUGGACUUAAAGAGCACCAAUGAUGGUGUAAAAAGAAAGAUACAAGAACUGGUAAAUGUUAAAAAACACAUGGAAUUGGCGAUUAGCUUAAACCCAAACGAUGCUGCAUUACUCCACAUGCUUGGCGAAUGGUGUUAUCAAGUCACUGAGUUUCCAUGGCUCCAGCGGAAAACAGCUGAAUCCCUAUACAACACGCCUUUACCUUACUCAACAUAUGAAGAUGCCCUAGACUAUUUCUUAAAAGCAGAAGCCGCCCAGCCACGAUUUUAUAGUGUCAAUUUAUUGAGACUUGGUUGUUGCUAUCUCAAAUUGAAUAAGGAAGACCAAGCAAAGUAUUAUUUAAAAUUGGCUGCCAGUUAUCCUGCUAAGUCAAAUGAAGAUCAUCUUGCUAAGAAAGAGGCAGCCGAGAUCUUAAGGAAAUUGAAAGUCAAAUGCGAUUUUACUAUAUCUCCCUAACUUUGGUUUUUUCCAUUAAUAUUUAAAGUAGGUUACCUUGUAAUAAAUAUCUAAAUGUGUAAUAAAAUAAACAAACAAAAAGA